CAUCGGCCGCAUCGAUCCCUUUUUUCCCCUUUGCACACCCCAAAGAAGCCAUCGGAGAAGAGACCCGCCAAAGAGCGCUCGCAGCUGGCAGCUUGCACUGGCAGCUUGCACCGGAAGCCGCCUUGCUUGCCCGCCAAGUGGCUGGCUGUUGCUGUAUCGGAGAGCGUCCCUGGCAGCCAGGGAAGAAAAAAGGGCGGCCCCGUCGCUUGCACCCUGUGGGCAUCCUCCGGCUGGUCGCUUGGCUUCUGAGAAGCACUGGUACUGGGAGACAUCAGCGUACGAUCGGGUGUCGGCCGGGCGGUGAGUCGGCGCUGGCCUUCAGCAUCCUUCUUUCGGCCAUCGCCCUGCAUUCCGGCUUUUGGAUAGCAUUCUGCCCGCCCUCAAGCACCGGCGCCGAUCCCUUGCCACGACGACCUGCCACUGGCUGCAUACGCACCACUCUCUCCAGGACUCUCCGGGCUCUCGAAAUGUCCUUUCUCUUGGCGCUGAAGCUCAUUCUCGUUGUGUUGCUCCUUCUGGCCUCCACGACCGUCUUUGUGAUCUCGGUCUUUGGCGGCACCGUUUCGGCAUCGUCAGGAGCCACUCUAUCGAAUGCCGCGCCGUCCGUCUUUGCCCUCGAGCUGGCCAAAAUCCCAUGGAUCGUGUCGUCGCUAGGAAGAGAUUCGCUGUGGUGCUUUUGUCCAUUCGAUGCGGGAUCAAUUGCCGACUGCUGGACCAUAUUCCAGGGCAACUUCGGAUCAAGCAGCCCAGCUUCAGGACCCAACAAUACUGCUGGAUCAAAUGGAGUGUCAGCAUCGCCGGGUCUCGUUCAUUCGAGCGUGGGCUUGCCAUCUGCUGCCCCGUCCGGUGCCGCUCUUUCGCAGCAACAGUCCUCAGCUUCGUGGACCAGCCCUCUGUUUCAACAAUCCCAGACGUCCUCGCUAUCGGCAACUCCGUGGCUAGGGCCGCCGAUCACCUCGUCUACCUCGUCCAAUGGCCAGUUUGCAUCCAUCUCGGCGGGACCAUCAUCGCCGGCUGCCCCUUCAGCGGCCUCUGCAACAACUUCAUCCUCCCCGGUACCACAGUUUAUCCCGAGCCAGCUGCCCUGGCCGCCCACGAUCGCCCAGCCUCAAACAUCGACUUCCUCUGUUUCCACUGCACCGGUCUCAGCAGCAGUGCCAUCCACAACUCUCUCGCGAUCUAACCUGGCAUCCUCAUCAACCGCACUGAUCUCGAACCCGCCCCAAGCAUCAUCCCUAUCUUCUCAGUCGGCAGAGAGCGUCUUGACUUUGUCGAUCCCCAAGCCCACCUCACUGACACCCACAGCCAACUCUGUUCCCAUACAGCCCACAAGUGCAUCACCGACGUCGCAGCCUCUGCGAACCACUCAAGCAUCAAUGCCACCAAGUACACCGCCAUCACAGCCACCAUCGCAACCGCCACCCAAAACCCUCCCGUCUCCAUCUGUCGCCUCCACUGCUCCGGCUAGCUCUACAACCUCGACACCACCAGGGAUUCCUCCUCAGAUCGCUGGCUUGCUGGGAUGGGGUCUAAGCAUAUCGUCAGUGAUUCGGAUGCACAUCGAAUUCCAGCCCUCGCGUCUCGACAGCGCUCCGAGCCUUGCUCAAUCGGGCUUUUCGCUAGUUCCGUUCUGGGCUCGGAUCAUCCUCGGAGUACUGGCUAUCCUGGUUGUUCUGGCGACAUUGGGCGCAUUGCUGGUGCUUGUCGCAGCAGCACUCCCACCUCAACGGUCGAGUGCUCGAACAGCGACACAAGCUCGUCCCCAACGGCCGUGGCGGCGGCGCUCUCUCAGCGACUUUGACGAAGCAUUUGAACUCCACAACUCGCAUCGAACACUCUCCGAGGAAAGUUAUGGGCCAGGCACUGGACUGGGUCAUGGCGGUAUCGUGUCCGAUGCCAAGCUUCGGCGAACUGCCGAUCAGCGACGAGCAUUGCAAGUCCGGAGGUCGUCGUACUGUGUGUUUGCGUCUGCCAUCCUGUGCUUUGUGUACUUUUGCUUUGGAAGCUACAUCACCUUCAUGGCGAUCGAGACGCUGAAGGAGUCUGGCCUGGCUGGGGCGUCCGAUGUUAGUGCAGGCACUAGCAUCGACUCCAGUGCCAUCGGCAUUGGCGGUGGGUUCUGGGGAUGGAACAUUGUCCUGGUCGGCAGCGUCGAUCUGGGGUUCUGGGUCGGUGCUUGGGCGCUCUGGCUGCUAAGCGCCGACCUCGGUGAUGCCGAAGCCGCGCAUGAGCAGAAUGUGUGAGACAUCAUUGACUCGUACACGGACAGUCAAGAACCAUGAACGGA